GAGCCCACAUCUCAGGCAGGGAGGAGCAAUGUUUUCAUGCCUGCCUUCGACCUGCAGUAUUCACUGUGUUAUGGCGCCCAUAAUGUUGCAGAAGAAGGAGUGGACCUCGUAGCGCCGUAUUUUGAAUCAUUCGGGCGUGAGGUACCGUGUGCGUUUGGACGCUCUGGUUUGAAUUUCAUUUCAACUUCACUUUUGAACCGGCCAUGACCGUGGAGCAGAAUGUCCUCCAGCAGCAUUCUCAGAAGCAUCAGCAGACACUAUUAAACCAGUUGAGGGAGAUCACGGGAACCACUGACGUUCAGCUACUUCAGCAAGCUCUGCAGGUGAGUAAUGGAGACCUAGCCGAGGCUGUAGCUUUCUUGACUGAGAAGAACGCCAAGGUUCCUCAGCAAGAUGAGACUACCUACUACCAGACGUCCCAAGUGGCCAGUGACAGGUAUAUCAGUGUGGGCAGCCAAGCAGACACAAAUGUCAUCGACCUGACUGGAGAUGAUAAAGAUGACCUACAGAGGGCAAUCGCUCUCAGCCUGGAGGAGUCCAGUCGUGCGUUCAGGGAGACGGGCAUCACUGAUGAGGAGCAGGCCAUCAGCAGAGUUCUGGAGGCCAGCAUAGCAGAGAACAAGGCGAGUUUGAAGCGCACCCACACAGAAGUAUGGAGCGACUCACCCAACCCACAUGAUAGGAAGAGGAUAGAAAACUGCCCUGUGGGGCUGAAGAAUGUUGGCAACACCUGCUGGUUCAGUGCUGUCAUACAGUCUCUGUUCAACCUGCUGGAGUUUCAGAGGCUGGUGCUCAACUACUCUCCACCAGCCAGAGUCCACGACCUGCCCCGCAAUCAGAAGUUAUGUGACUGUGACCAGGAGCAUAGGAACCUGCCCUUCAUGCAGGAGCUCCGGCACCUCUUCUCUCUCAUGGUGGGCUCUAAACGGAAGUAUGUGGAUCCAUCGAGAGCAGUGGAAAUCCUCAAAGAUGCCUUCAAGUCCAGUGAAUCACAGCAGCAGGAUGUCAGCGAGUUCACCCACAAACUGCUUGACUGGCUGGAGGAUGCUUUCCAGAUUAAGGCUGAGGAAGACAGGGAAGGUGAAAAACCAAAGAACCCUAUGGUGGAGCUUUUCUACGGUCGCUUCCUAGCUGUGGGUGUCCUGGAAGGUAAAAAAUUUGAGAACACAGAGAUGUUUGGACAGUACCCGCUGCAGGUAAACGGCUUCAAAGAUCUCCACGAGUGUCUCGAGGCUGCAAUGAUCGAGGGUGAGAUCGAGUCGCUGCACUCGGCAGAGAACUCCGCCAGGUCUGGACAAGAGCACUGGUUCACAGAACUCCCUCCUGUGUUGACCUUUGAACUGUCGAGAUUUGAAUUCAACCAAGCACUCGGACGACCUGAGAAGAUCCACAACAAGCUGGAGUUUCCUGCCAUGCUCUACAUGGACAGGUACAUGGACAGAAACCGAGAUGUUACACGAAUCAAGAGGGAGGAGAUCAGGAGGCUUAAAGAACAUCUGACACUGCUCCAGCAGCGACUGGAGAGGUAUCUGAGUUAUGGCUCUGGCCCCAAGAGGUUUCCUCUGGCAGAUGUCCUCCAGUAUGCCAUGGAGUUUGCCUCUAGUAAGCCUGUGUGCACUUCUCCAGUUGAGGAUAUCGACUCGUCUACGCCCCCUGGUGGCGCAACAGGACAACAGUUGCCCCCACCAAGCAUAGUGGAGCACGACUCCUUGCCCCCUCUAGAGACUUCAGGCUCAGCUUCAGGUCCCACCCCAGCUCCUGCUGUGGCCCAACAACAGAGAGUGCCCAUACAUAAACCCUUUACCCAGUCCCGCCUUCCUCCUGACCUGCCUAUGCACCCUGCCCCACGACACAUCACUGAAGAAGAGCUGAGGGUGCUUGAGAGCUGUUUGCAUCGUUGGAGGAGUGAAGUGGAGAAUGACACUCGAGAUCUGCAGGGCAGCAUAACCAGAAUCCACAGAACCAUUGAACUAAUGUACUCAGACAAAUCAAUGAUGCAGGUCCCAUAUAGGCUUCAUGCCGUGCUCGUCCAUGAGGGCCAGGCCAACGCAGGCCACUACUGGGCCUACAUUUAUGAUCCUCAUCAGCGCUGCUGGAUGAAGUAUAACGAUAUCUCUGUGACUAAGUCGUCCUGGGAGGAGCUGGUCAGAGACUCGUUUGGAGGCUACCGUAAUGCCAGUGCCUACUGUCUCAUGUACAUCAAUGACAAGAAGCCCUUUCUUAUAGAAGAAGAGUUUGAUAAGGAAACGGGGCAGAUACUCAGUGGCAUGGACAAACUGCCUCCUGACCUGAAGCAUUACGUGAAGGAGGACAAUGAGCUCUUUGACAAAGAGGUUCAGGAGUGGGACAUCAUGCAGGCUCGCAAGAACCAACAGGAGAAGCUGGCACUGGCCACAGCGGCAGCAGCAGCAGCUGCUGCUUCUUCAGCAGCUUCCACCACUUCCUCCUCUCCUCAGCCCAUGAGUGUUGGAUCCAGCCCUCCAGAAAACACAGCAGUUCCCCAGCAGGACCCAGAGUACAUGGAGCAGCCGUCACCCACGAAUGACUCCAAGCACCUGCAGGAGGACACUGAGCGCGCCAUCUCCAGAGCUGUGGCAGAACAGGACGAGAGAAAUCCUGAAGCUGUGUUAAACGCUUCUGUCCCUUAUCCUACUUCCCCUCAGCCUGAGGUCCAGGUGAGCAGCCCCUCUACACCUCCUCCUGACCUGGUCAUGGAGGAUGAGUCCCCUUGUCAGCGCACCGUAGAGGUGGCCAUUCCCAAUGUGGGGACAUUUGUCAUUGAGUCAGAAGAGGGGGGUUAUGAUGACGAGGCAAUGAUGACCCCCAACAUGCAGGGUGUAAUCAUGGCCAUUGGCAAAUCCAGCAGCAUUUAUGAAAAGAAUGGGCCUGAGGCAGCAUUUUUUAAGGCCAUAAAGCUGGAGUAUACGCGCCUUGUGAGAUUUGCCCAGGAGGACACGUCCCCCGAGAAUGACUAUCGACUGCAGCACGUCAUUGUCUACUUCAUUCAAAACCAAGCUCCUAAAAAGAUCCUGGAGAGAACUCUGCUCACACAGUUUGCUGACAGGAACCUGGCCUUCGAUGAGAGAUGCAAGAGCAUUAUGAACGUGGCACGUGCCAAACUGGACCUAAUUAAGCCGGAGGAGGUCAACAUGGAUGAGUAUGAGAUCUGGCAUCAGGACUACAGGAAUUUCCGUGACACGACCGUCUUCAUGCUGACAGGCAUGGAGCUCUUUCAAAAGUCGAGUUAUGUGGAGGCGCUGAUGUAUCUGAUUUACUCCUAUCAAUACAACAAGGAGCUUCUGUCCAAAGGCGUGUACAGGGGUCACAGCGAGGAGUUGCUUGGGUUCUACCGUCGGGAGUGUCUGCUGAAAUUAAACGAACAAGCGGCAGCCAUGUUUGAAUCCGGAGAGGAACCAGAGGUGACGACGGGCCUGGGGAUCAUGAAUGAGCUGGUCGUUCCCUGCAUCCCCCUGCUGCUGGCUCACGACGCAGAGAGAGACCUGUUGGCAGUGGAGGACAUGAGGAACCGCUGGUGCUCUUACCUGGGCCAGGAGAUGGAGUCCAACCUUCAGGAAAAGCUCACCGACUUCCUCCCCAAGUUACUGGACUGUUCGACGGAGAUCAGAAGCUUCCACGACCCUCCCAAGGUUCCGUCCUACUCCACUCUGGAGCUGUGUGAGCGCUUCAGCCGCAUCAUGGCCGCCCUUGGCAGGGUGCCCACGGAGGAGAGAUGAGUUCACAGAGACGGCCCGGCUCGUCUCUCGUUUCACAGGCCCGGCCCUGGGCAGAAAUCCAUGGACUUCUCUUAACCCAUGCCUUCCUUAUAAAUCCAGGGGUCACUCAAUUCUUGCUGUUACUAUUCUGUUACUCUUUAUGCUGCUACCGGUUUUAUCUUGAUAAUUAUUAUGUCGUUUUAAUUUCAAGCAAGACACGAAAGAGGAAGGUUGCUGAGAGUCCAGAACUGUCGGCGGAAAUGCAGGCGGAGACACCGAGGGGGUUAAAAGGAAGAAAAAGAACUGUGGUGAUCCUGCAGUGGUUAAUAUUUAAGCACAUUCUGCUUCAGCUUUGUUGAAAAAGUUUGAGGGUUUUUUUCCACAGGUCACGACUGUUGUUAUUGCCGUUUGAUUCAAGCUUAUCCAACCACGCUCUUAUCCCCUCCUGAAGCAACCCUCUCCACGUGAAGAGGCCCCCGCCCCCGCUGCUCUGCCUCCCCUUUGGUACAGUAUUACCAUGUUUUGUUUUAUUUUUCUAAGGAAGAAAGGAAGAGAGCCUUCUCAUCUAUCAGCGGCUCGGAGGAUCUCAGAUGGGUCUCGUGUCUUCUCGGACUGCGCCAGACUGAGAUGUUUUAAGUGCUGUGGUAGACAGCCAUGGUCUUCCUGUGGCUUGUUAAUAAAUUGAGAGAAUAAAAUUUUAUUUAUGGCCCUUUUAGGCCAAAUAAAA